GAGAUAUUCAAGACAUGACUCAGUGAGAGACGGCAAGUGCAGCAGCAGCAGAAACAUUUCUGCGACUUGACAGUGCUGACAGUAUGUUUUCUGUUGUACUGCACGGAUAGCACUCAAAGACCUCCACACGUAAUCACGAUGGAAUUUGCUUGUGCGUUUGUUUAUGUGCCACCGUCACCGAGUCAGAAGGAGCAACCCAAUCCAAACAUCUUCAAACGCUCAGCUCUUCUUCCUCCUGUUAAUCGCAUCCAUCCUCGUCCUCGUUCUCCUCCUCCGCCUCCUCCUGUACCAGGGAAUCCGGCAACAGUCAAACCACCAAAUCCUCCGCCUCUUUCUUCAAAGCAAGAGUCAGAAAAUAGCAAGGACGUGACGGUCUUGAAGAAUUCUGUUUUCUACGAUAAUGCUGAAAUUCACAUUAAACUGGACCCAUUUUCCUCCAUAAUUCCUCAGCAGACGUCUUCUACUAAGACAGCUCUUCUUCCACCUCAUAUGAAACCCAGGUCAAAGUCAUGUUUCUAUGACCAGCCACUCAUGUACCCCCACACAGUCAAUCAAGAAUUUACCUAUGAUUUGCCAAAAAAAGAGCCGGAUUUCAAUGCACAACCCUGGGACCCAAAUUAUGCUUACAAUGUACCAGAAGGCACUGGUGGUGAGGUGAGCCUGCCAGCUGAUCCUGGCAUUGUGUCAUCACCAGCCCCAGCCAUCCCUCCAAGACCUGAAUUUAUGAAUUCAAUCCCUGAAUACCUGAUGCUGUUACCUUUACCUCCCUCACCUCCUUCAUCCUCUCAGAAGUCUCCUCCAUCCCCAGAGCCUACUACUAAAGGAUCAGCGGCUCUGACAGGAAAUCCUAAUGUGGUUCUUGUCAGUUUAGGAAAGUUACUCUCAGAGGAAAGCGUCCAACCCAUGCAAGGAGAACCCAGCUUUUGCUCCUGCUGUGGCUCUGUUGUGGACACCUGCUAUGACAAUGUGGUUGAUGAGUGUUACUUCUGCAGUUUUUCCAGCACACCCAGUUUACUACAGAGUCCUCUAAAUGGUUACCAAGACAACCUUUUUUUGCUCAAUCCCAAUGAAAAGCCUCUGUGUGAUACUGAUCCUCUACUGCUCUUCUGCAUUGAUGUGUCGGGCUCUAUGGGAGUCACGUGCCAGGGGAUGUCAGGAGGAGAGCGGACUGUGUACAGAUCCCGUCUCCAAUUUGUCCAGGAAGCCGUGUCACAGUGCGUUGAGAGACUAAGUGAACAACAACCUGGCACAAGAGUGGGGCUCGUCUCCUUCAACCAUCAGGUGACCAUACAUAGCUUUGAUAAUUUCAGCUCACGUUGCCUGAGUGGGGCUGAGCUGAUUGAGAGUCUCUAUUUGAAAGAGGUUGCAGCCACUUUCCCCAGUCCACCUCCACUUUCACAGACCAAGGACUUCUUACAGAGUCAAGUUAUGAGCUUGUCUCCAAAUGGUGCCACCGCACUGGGUCCAGCUGCUCUGCUGGCAAUUGCAAUAGCCUCCAGACAACCAGGCUCAAAGGUGAUUAUCUGUACAGAUGGGAAAGCCAACACAGAGUUAGGAAAUCUAGAAGAGGACGACAAUAAUGCUUGCACUUCCAUCUCAUCCACCAUCUUCUACCAGGAGCUGGGAGAGUUUGCUGCCAAUCAGGGGGUGACCGUGUCUGUGCUGUCCAUAGAGGGAACAGACUGCAGGCUGGAUGAACUGGGGAAACUUGCUGAUCGUACUAGAGGAAAAGUGGUAAUAGCCAGUCCCAGCAGGCUGCAUCCAGAGUUUGAGCAGAUUAUUCAAAACCAGACCAUUGCCACCCACUGUGCUGUAAUUUUACUGCUGCCCAAAUCAAUGUGCAUGAAGGGAGAGAAGGAGGCUGGACACAAGGUGACCAGAGAGGUGGGGAAUGUGGACCCACAUACGGAGAUCACCUUCCAAUUUAGAGCGAAUGAACAGGACUCAGAAGUGCCGCCACCAGCCUCUGGUAGCCGUGUGUCCAUCCAGCUGCAGAUCAGAUACAGGCAGAAGAACGGACAGACCAUGCUCAGAGUGUUAACUACAGACCGGGAUGUUACUGAUGACAGCUCGGCAGUCCUGUCCUCUCUGUCUCUGGCCAUCAUUCAGCUCAACUCGUCACAGGCCAGCGCCGCUCUGGCUGUCAGAGGCCGCUUCCUCGACGCCAGGAGGGAAGGAGAGAUGCAGAUGCAGCUUAUUGAGAGAGCGAUAAAAACCCUGUCCUUUCAGACUCACAGCCUCUAACGGACGCUGCUGCAGCACUGUUCUACACCAUGAAGCAGAGCAACAGGAAAUCUAUCUCACUCAAGAAUGAGCACAAGCGCUAGCUGACUGUCCUCCUUCACCUUUUACCUCGUUGGAAAGCAACUCAAGUCAUGAAUGACAAGGCCAAACGCUGCAGCUUGACUGAUUAUUGGGCUGAAUGAAUAUCCUCCAAAUAUUUCACUGUAAAUAAUGCAUUACAUUAUAUCACACACCUCAUUUCUCAUGUUAAGUGUUUGGGAGUAUUUUCCCAGUGCUACAUGGUGCACAAAAACUGCUGAGACAGUUUAGUUAUAACAGUGUUUGACACUCUCGCUGCAGCUGAGUUUGUGCACGGAUCAAAACACCAAGUAAAAACCUGAUUCAGAAACACUGAAGCCAACACCCGGAUCCUUUAUGUCAGCAAAAUAUGUCUCACAGCACAUAUUAAAAAAAGCUUUAAAAAAGGUUUUGAGAUUUUUUUUUAUAUCAGUUGUAGUCUAUAAUAUUCCUUAUAACUAUAUAGCUCUGUUUAGAUAUAAUAAGACAGAAAACUAAGUAAAUACAAAACAAGACUGAACACGCAAUAACCAUGCCUGAUAUAGAAACCAAAGCAUAAAUAGGCAUGCGCUUCUCCAAAGCGGCCCUCAAAUUACAAAGGCAGCCUUCUUUGCCACCUGUGUAUUCAUCACCGAGCACCCAGGUUCCAAGAAAGCAGCACAAACAAAAACCAGGCUUCAAGUACAAAUGCACACAGCCAUGCUGAGCAGGUAGAAGCUUACGGUACCUCUGUUUUUGUGAAAGUCUAUGAUCAUCUUGCCCCUGGUGUCCGCCACCACCGCCUGAGCCUCCAGCUCCUCGUCUGCCUUCAUCCUGGAUCUCCUUUCCUGUGCCACUGUGUAGAGGUGGGAGGUGAACAGGUCCAUGAGCAGGACAGAGAUGACAAUCAGGACAAACGUGAAGUUCCAUGUCACCAUCAUGGGCUUCUUAAGUCGUUUGUUAAAACAGGCAUUUGUUCAGUGUUUGGUGCUGUUGCAGGUAAAAGCAGCAUCCAGUUUGGUGAGGGGCAGCUCAGCAAGGAAGAGGAUAGCAAGUCGGAUGCACAGAAAUCCAAACCACAGGGAGAGCAGAGGAAUCCACCAUCAUCCUUAGGAUGGGAUGAGAUGUUAUAAUUGCUGCCAUUGUCACUUCUGCACAAAAAUGUAAGUCAGGAAGCUGGUGAAACAUAAACCCCGCUGCCAUAAUUAUAGGUGAGCAAUUCUGACAGAUCAUUUCACUUUAUGCUGCUCUCGAUAGAUUGUUUCUGUAUCUAACUUAAGUCUGUGGUAGAGCUUGACUCCAAAGUCAAUAACUCGCUCUGCCCUACACAUUAAAGGGUUUCCCAUCAUAAAAUGUACUCCAAUAUGAAAUGUACACAUGCACAGAAAAACCAACAAAUCUCCUACAACUUGCAACAGAUGCAUUACAGUGCAUCAAGCAUAAAAAAACACCCUUUGUAUACAUUAACAAAUGUCACAGCAAACAUAUGCAGCCCUGUUUGUGUCUAUGCAUCUUGGUGUAUAACACUGCUGUUAAUAGGAGUCAAAUGUAGCACAUAAGAGAGUUUACCUUGAAGGGUUGCAGCCCACUAACGGAAUGCAAUCACUGUGGCUUUUAUGGGUUCAAGAAACAGCACUGCGACAUGCACGUUACAGUUUCUCACCAAACUAUCUGCUGAUACAAGCCUCACUUUGUUUUUUGUGCAUGUUCAUCAACACUAAAACAGCGAGUGUGCAG